AUGAAGUCUAUCAACAGUCUCUACAUGCUUGCCCUGCUUGCAGGCUUAUCUAUUGCAGCUCCAGCUCCAGCUGCCUCUGCCGACUCGAUUACACGAAGCAAAGGAUCGAGUGACGAGACAGCCGAACCUCUCCAGUGGAUCAAACGUGAAGAGGAUGAGACGGCCGAGCCUCUUCAGUGGAUCAAGCGUGAAGAGGACGAGACGGCCGAGCCUCUACAAUGGAUCAAGCGUGGAGAGGAUGAGACGGCCGAACCUCUCCAGUGGAUCAAACGUGAAGAGGAUGAGACGGCCGAGCCUCUGCAAUGGAUUUGA